AUGAUCCAUUAUAAAGGUGGUGCUCGUGAUACUAUUAAAAUGUUCAACAACAUUGCAAAUGAAAAUGAAGAAAAAUUAAACAAAAAUCCAUUUUCGUCUACAUAUCGUACACCUAAAUAUAGUACAAAUGCACUGGAUUAUGGCAGACCAACACGUGGAUCAAAAACUGAAGCUAGAGGAAUUAAAGCAGGAGUUCAUGUCAUGCGUGAAGUUUUAUUUCUAUGCGAAAUAAUAAAUGAUUAUGGAGAAGGUGGCGAAGCUCCUAAUAGAUAUAUCAAAUUUGGACCUCUUUUUCAUAUAUAUGCUAAUUACUCUGACAAACUGGUCGGAAUGUUAAUUCGAGCUCGUAAAUACAAACUGGUUGACUUUGAAGGCGAAAUGCUUUAUCAAAGACAGGAUGAUGAUAAAAUCAUACGUUUAUUAAAACCGAUUGAAGAGAUUCGAAGAAUUGCACCUUCUGGAGACCCUGUAAAUUGUAUUUCAAUAGUAGAAGACUGA